GGGCCCUCUCAGUCAUGGCUACCAGGACUGUGCAAGUAUUUUCCCAGAUACCUAACUUGACGAGAAUACUAGCUAAGAAAUGCUCAGAAUUGAAUUUUAAAGAAAUCCCUGCCCCAGAAGGUUUUAACCAAGACGUAGCUGUGACCAAACUUCAAGAAGCAGGGAUCUUAAUCUGUGAUCCUGUAAUAGUCCCAUAUCUCAGUCAACUUUCAAACUUGAAGUGGCUUCAGCUGACAUGGGCAGGCAUUGACAGUGUUAUAGCAAGCUUCAAGGACAAAGCCCCUCCACCUUACCUCAUUACUCGUUUUGGUGGUGUCUUUGGGCAAGCUAUGGCAGAAUAUGUUAUAGGAGAGAUUAUUGCAAGGGAGAGAAUUUCCAGAAAAUUAUGGAAAAGACAAGAAGAGCAUAAUUGGUCGAAUGAUGUCAAAUACCGCAACUUAUCAAAGUUGACUCUUGGUAUUCUUGGAUUUGGAGACAUUGGAAAAGAGGUUGCAAAGUACUGUAAAGCCUUAGGGAUGACUAUUUGGGCAAUGGGACGAACUCCGAGGACUGAAUUACCACCCAAUGUGGAUAAUUUUAGAACACAGUCUGGUUUGAAAGAAGUGUUGGAGUCUAGCGAUUAUAUUUGUAACAUUCUACCAAGUACUCCCACAACUAAAAACCUUUUAUCUGGUGAUGUACUUGAGGUCUGUAAGUGCCGUCAGUCAGUGUUCAUAAAUGUAGGUCGUGGAGAUGUCAUAAGUGAGGAAGGCCUUUUAAGAGCACUGAAGAAUGGAUGGAUUGCAGGUGCCGUUUUAGAUGUGUUUGAAGUAGAACCCCUACCCAAAAGCAGUGAACUGUGGGACAUGCCUGGAGUCACUAUUACACCACAUUGUGCUGCAAUUUCGUUUGCUGAGGAGGUUGCUGAAGUAUUUGCAAAAAAUUACAAGUUGUUUGAGCAAGGAAAGCCAUUAAAUUAUCUUGUUGAUGUUAGUAGGGGCUAUUAAACUGAAUUAAAUCAGAAUCUCAUACAAGAGGGUUGAAAUAUGUUACACUAUACCCAUGCUUCUUUUGAUAAUUUGUGGGAAAGGAAAAUUAAGAGAGGAUACUGACAUGUGUAGAAAAAAUAAAGAAUAAAAUUUUGAUGAUUGUCGG